UAUUAAAAAGUCCGUGCGCUUUGGCUAUUUAUAGAGCCCGUAACAGACUGCAUUCAUUCAGUGCAUUGAUUGUCAAAGUUUUAUGUAACAGACCUUUGUUUAUUUAGUUUUAAUUAAAAUGGGUCAACUGCCUGAAAACAAGGGGGGUGGAGGGGCCCCUCAAAAUUUGGAAGCAGAAAAAAAGAAAAUACAGAGUUUAGCAAAUCAAGAAUUAAAAAAGAAUGAGCUUUGGUACCUCAUUGACAAACGUUGGUAUGAUCAGUGGAAAAAAUAUGUGGAAAAUGAUGGAUAUGGCUGGGAAUCGAAAAACAACUCAAACCUAAACCCUGGCCCAAUAGACAACACAGACAUAUUUACUGAUGAGACAUAUGAGCAAAUGAAGGACAAUCUAUCCGAAGAUGUCGAAUUUGUGAUGCUCCCAAAAACUGGUUGGGAGUAUUUAGUUAACACAUAUGGAUUGGUUGCUGAUGGAAUGGCAAUUGAAAGGAAGGUGAUAGAGCAGGGAUCAUUUUUUAAGAAAUGCGUCGUUGAAAUUUAUCCAAUGCAGUUGAGAUUAUCACCAUACGACAACAGGAAAGAAGUUGUGAAACGAAACUUCAGCAAAAGAAACACAGUUGGUGAAAUUGAAGAAGAGGUUCGUAAAACCUUUCAAAUCCCAGAAGAAACACCCGUAAAACUAUGGAGUGCAUAUCUUCCUUCUAGUUUGGAAUCCCUAGAAAAACAUAAAUCUGUUGAAGACAGUGCACUGCAACCUGGUCAGGUGGUGGUGUUUGAAACAAAGAAAGAUGGAAAAUGGAUGCAUACACCAACACCAACAACAAGCUAUGUAAGUUCCAACUCACAGAACGGAGCUCACAAAUCUGUAAAUACAUACGGUUUACGCAACACAUCACCCACUCGUGGCAGGGUUUCAACAGCAGGUCUAUGCGGUUUAAACAACCUUGGCAACACUUGCUUUAUGAACAGUGCACUGCAGUGCCUUAGUAAUGUUCCAGCACUCUGCAACUACUUUCUCAAUGAAACAUACAAGAAAGAACUAAACAAAACAAAUCCUUUGGGCAUGGGGGGCAAGUUGGCCAAGGCAUAUGCAAGACUUGUUCAGUCAAUAUGGUCUGGUGAGCAAUCCUCAUUUGCUCCACGAGAAUUUAAGAUGGAGGUUGGUCGGUUUGCCCCAAGAUUUUCAGGAUAUCAACAACAUGAUAGUCAGGAACUUCUCUCUUUCCUUGUAGAUGGGCUGCAUGAAGAUUUGAACAGGAUCUCCAAAAAGCCAUACGUGGAAAUGAAAGAAGCAGAUGGUCGUGAUGACCAACUAGUGGCAGAAGAAUCUUGGAGCAACCAUCAUCUUCGCAACGAUUCAAUCAUUGUUGACACAUUACAUGGUUUGUUUCGGAGCAAAGUUGAUUGUCCAGAGUGUCCAAGGAUCUCAGUGACAUUUGAUCCAUUCUGCUUCAUCUCUCUUCCUCUUCCUUUGAAAAGACAACGAACACUUGAAUGUUCGUUUGUUCCACUUAAGUAUGAUGGGAAAAUAUACAAGUACCAGGUGACAGUAAACAAGACUGGUUGUAUANGAGAUUUGUGUAAAGCUGUAUCCGAACUUAACAACAUACCAAGCACUGAAAUGACAGCCACUGAUGUCUAUAACUCCAGGUUUCACAAGGUUUUCAAACCUAAUGAAGGCAUCAAUGGAAUUUAUGAGAAAGAUUACAUCCACGUGUUCCAGAAACCUCCGAAUAUGACAAUGGUGCCUGUGUAUAUGAGACACCUAAGUUCAAGUGGUCCGAACUCAAGCGCUCAUCUCUUUGGUCAACCAUUCCUUGUUCCAGUGGAUAUUCGAAACACAACAUACCGACAACUUUACAAGACCGUUCUCAAAGCCACAUGGAGAUAUAUAAAAGAUGACGAACUAAAGUCUGAUGUUGCAAGAUUGAUCUGUGAUGAGGAAUACAUGGAUGAUAAAGCUGAAGAAGAUGAUGAGGAUUGCGUUCAACCUUCUGUGCACCGACUAUUUUCAUUGAAAGUGGUCAAUUCGUUCGGAACUCAAUUGCUAAGGGUUUUACACGAAACCGAUUCGCCACUGGAUUUAUCUGAGAACACCUACAUUACUGCCGACUGGUCAUACUAUGUAUAUGAACAUCAACUUAUGCAACACCACUGGUCAGAUGUGUCAGAAAGUCAUGAAAGUAUGGCAGCUUGCAACAUCAGGAAAGCAAAUAGUGGAGUCCAAUUACAUGACUGCAUGAGACUAUUUACAACUGAAGAACAACUUGAUAAGGACGAUGCAUGGUAUUGUUCUGAUUGUAAGAAACACCAGCAAGCCACCAAGAAAUUUGAUCUAUGGAUGCUUCCACCUGUUCUUAUUAUUCACCUCAAGCGAUUCUCUUACACCAGAUACUCAAGGGACAAGCUUGACACACUGGUGAACUUCCCUACCAGGGAUCUAGAUCUUUCUGACUUCAUUGUUAAUCCUAACAAGGGCAGUUUGCCCAAGCCAAAACGAUGUUACAAUCUAAUUGCUGUUUCCAAUCAUUAUGGUGGGCUUGGUGGUGGCCACUACACCGCCUAUGCAAAGAAUCAUAUUGAUAAGCAGUGGCAUUAUUUUGAUGACAGUAGUGUCUCCCUAUCCUCUGAAGAUAGAGUGGUGACAAAAGCUGCAUACAUGCUUGUCUAUCAACGGCAAGAUAUGGAGGCUUGGCUUGAUGACAACCCUGAUAAAACCUUCCCGUACUUGGAGCCAAUUUUCAGCCCUCGUGCCAUGGGGUUGGGAGGUCCCGCGUGUUCGGCUGUGGGUACAAGCUUCAAAUAUGAUGGGGUGAAUGCAAGCAAUGGCCACCAGCUCGAUGAAGACACACUUAACAAUAAUAAUGCUGAUGAUGACAUGGACACUAGUUGAUAGCUACAACUGAUUGGUUUUAACUGUUGUGUUGCGUCUUUUUCAAGUUAGCUUUCAUAUAUAAACAGGAACACUUGCCUAGUGGGCAUAGGGCUUCGGAACAAGAUUCAAUUUUUUCUUUUAUUUCAAUUCUUCUGUGACGUUGUUAGUAGGUCAAUCGUUAGUAAGUUAACUUAGUUAAGGUGCGUGUUCCAGUCUGUCCGUAAUCUGAAUGUAUUCUGUGUAAUGCUUUGUAACUUAACACAAACUAAACUACAUUAUCCCGCUAAUUUAAAAGACAUGAAUAUGAUACAAUUGUGUUGUACAGAUAUGUCUGCUAGUUCAUACCAGCUCACUGCUUUAACUCAACUUACACCACCUUUCAGUGCAUUGACGUGAGUGGUUUAAGUAUAUUUUCUCAUUAAUUGUCGGCAUUUGAAAAAUGAAAUAUAUGUUAAGCAGGAAAUUGCAA